GUUCUCUCGCUGCUGGUGAACGCAGUAGGCCAGGCAGCAUCUACAGGAAGAGGUACAGUCAACGUUCCGGGCCGAGACCCUUCGUCAGGACUAACUGAAAGAACAGUUUGAAAUGGCAGAACACUUGUGUACGGGAAUCUCAAACACAACAACACAUCAGUUUUGCUGACUCUGUCUGGAUAUUUAAGGAGUGACCAAAUAUUUUCUUUGUAACACCAACACAUCUGUGGUCGAUCCUUGGUGAUGAAGAAGUAUCACAUCUCCAGCUGGUAAUGUAUUCUGUCUCUGAAAUGAAGUUUUCUGUUUUAACUCUGUGAAAUCCACUGGAACCGGGAGCUGAGAACACACCAGCAUUUGUUCACUGGAGAUCAGUUCUUCAGCUGCAUUGAUCGUACAAGGGAUUCAAACGUCUGACUUUCUGAAUUGCAGAGAAUUGAUCGCCGUGAGAUAUCAUUCUCCUUCUCUCAGUGUGGGAAGAGAUUCACUCACAGGCUACCCGCAGACACACCAGUGAGUUCACAGUGGGGGGAGGCUGUUCACCUGCUCUGUGUGAGGGAGGGGAACCACUCAGUCAUCCAGUCUGAAGAUACACCAGCAAGUUCACACCAUAGUGAGAUGCUCCACCUGUUGUGACUGUGGGAAGCAAUUCAUUCUGUGGUCAAUGCUAAAGGUAUAUCUGAAAAUCCACCAGUGAGAGAACGGUAACCUGCUCGGAUGGUGGGAAGGCAUUCACACACUCAACCAGUGAGUUCAUCUGCUCUGAAUGUGGGAAAGGGUUCACCCAAUCACCUCAACUGAAUGAACACCAGCGAGUUCACACUGAAAAGAUGCCGUUCACCUGCUCAGACUGUGGGAAGGGAUUCACUCAAUUGUCCACACUACAAAGACACCGGAGAGUUCACACUGGGGAGAGGCCAUUCACCUGCUCAGACUGUGGGAAGGGAUUCAUUCAGUCAAAUCACCUGCUACAACAUCAGUUAGUUCACACUGGGGAGAGGCCGUUCACCUGCUCAGACUGUGGGAAGGGAUUCACUCAAUCGUCCACACUACAAAGUCACCAGCGACUUCACACUGGGGAGAGGCCAUUCAUCUGCUCAGACUGUGGGAAGGGAUUUACUCAUUCAUCCGACUUGCAGAGACACCAGCGAGUUCACACUGGGGAGAAGCCGUUCACUUGCUCUGAAUGUGGAAAGGGAUUUGCUCGGUCAUCUGUACUGAAGUUACAUCAGCGAGUUCACACUGGGGAGAGGCCGUUCACCUGCUCAGACUGUUGGAAAGGGUUCACUCACUCAUCCGACCUACAGAGACACCAGCGAGUUCACACUGGGGAGAAGCCAUUCACAUGCUCUGAGUGUGGAAAGGGAUUUGCUCGGUCAUCUCAGCUCUUGAAACACCAGCAAAUUCACACUGGGGACAAACCAUUCAUCUGCUCAGAAUGUGGGAAGGGAUUCAACGAUUCAGCUCAUCUGAAAGAACAUCAGUUUGUUCACGCUGCGGAGAGACCGUUCACCUGCUCAGACUGUGGGAAAGGAUUCAUUCGGCAUUCUCAUCUACUGACACACCAGUUAGAUCACACUGGGGAGAAACCAUUCAUCUGCUCUGAAUGUGGGAAGGGAUUCACCCAUUCAGCUCAAAUGAGGGAUCAUCAGCGAGUCCACACUGGGGAAUGGCCAUUCACCUGCUCUGAAUGUCGGAAGGGAUUCACUUGGCAAUCUCAACUGACUGAACAUCAGCGAGUUCACACUGGGGAGAAGCCGUUCACCUGCUCUGAAUGUGGGAAGGGAUUUGCCCGGUCAUCUCAUCUGAAGGAACAUCAGAAACUUCACACUCGGGAGAGGCCUUUCACUUGCUCUGAAUGUGGGAAGGGCUUUGCUCGUUCAUCUCAACUGAAGGAACAUCAGCGAAUUCACACUGGGGAGAAACCAUUCAGCUGCUCUGAAUGUGGGAAGGGAUUCACUCAGUCAUCCAAACUUGUGAGGCACUACCGAAUUCACGCUGGGGAGAAACCGUUCACCUGCUCAGAUUGUGGGAAAGAAUUCACUCGGUCAUCUGACUUUAAAAUACAUCAGCGAAUUCACACUGGGGGAUGCCACUCACCUGUUCUGAAUGUGGAAAAGGAUUCACUCAGACAUCUCAAUUAAGACUAUAAGAUAUAGGAGCAGGAGUAGGCCAUUCGGCCCAUCGAGUCUACUCCGCCAUUCAGUCAUAGGCUGAUCCAAUUCGUCCAGUCAUCCCCACUUCCCUGCUUUCUCCCCAUACCCUUUGAUGCUCUGCCUAAUCAGGAACCUAUCUCUCUCUGCCUUAAAUGCACCCAAUAACUUGGCAACAAAUUCCACAAAUUUACCACCCUCAGAGUAAAGUAAGUCCUCCUCAUCUCUGUUCCAAAUGGAUGUCCUUCAAUCCUGAAGUUGUGCCCUCCUGUCAUAGACACCUCUACCAUGGGAAAUAAAUUUCCCAUAUCUAAUCUGUUCAGAGUUUUUAACAUUGGAAAGUUUCAAUGAGAUACCCCCCCACUUGCCCGACACCAUUCUCCUGAACUCCAGGGAAUACAGCCCAAGAGAAACCAGACACUUCUCGUAUGGUAACCCUUUCAUUCCUGGAAUCAUUCUUGUGAAUCUUCUCUGAACCCUCUCCAAUGUCAGUAUAUCCUUUCUAAAAUAAAGAGCCCUAAACUACAAUACUUCAAAUAUUUCUCAUGAGUGCCUUAUAGAGCCGCAACAUCACAUCCCUGCUCUUAUGUUCUAUAGAAAUUAAUGCCACCGUUCCAUUCACCUUCUUCACCGAUUCAUCCUGGAGGUUAACCUUUAGGGUAUCCUGCAGAAGGACUUCCAAGUUCCUUUACAUCGCUGCAUUUUGAAUUCUCUCCCAAUCUAAAUACUCAUCUGCCCGCUUAUUUCUUUCACCAAUAUGCAUUACCAUGCACUUUCCAACCCGUAUGGGUCCUAGCAAUGCCUGUCUUUUUAUUGGCUUUGUGGAACAAUCUAUGUUCCAAACCUAUUCUGGUAUCUGUCCCCAACUUUUCCUUCGCUACAUCGACGACUGCAUUGGCGCUGCUUCCUGCACGCAUGCUGAGCUGGUUGACUUCAUUAACUUUGCCUCCAACUUCCACCCUGCCCUCAAGUUUACCUGAUCCAUUUCCGACACCUCCCUCCCAUUUCUAGAUCUUUCUGUCUCUAUCUCUGGAGACAGCUUAUCUACUGAUGUCUACUAUAAGCCUAUUGACUCUCACGGCUAUCUGGACUAUUCCUCUUCUCACCCUGUCUCUUGCAAAAAUGCUAUCCCCUUCUCGCAAUUCUUCCGUCUCCACCGCAUCUGCUCGCAGGAUGAGGCUUUUCAUUCCAGGACGAGGGAGAUAUCCUUUUUUAAAGAAAGGGGCUUCCCUUCCUCUACCAUCAACUCUGCUCUCAAACGCAUCUCCCCCAUUUCACGCACAUCUGCUCUCACUCCAUCCUCCCGUCACCCCACUAGGAAUAGGGUUCCCCUGGGCCUCACCUACCACCCCACCAGCCUCCAGGUCCAAAGUAUUAUUCUCCGUAACUUCCGCCACUUCCAACGGGAUCCCACCACUAAGCACAUCUUUUCCUCCCCCCCCCUCCCGCUUUCUGCAGGAAUCGCUCCCUACGCGACUCACUUGUCCAUUUGUUCCCCCCCCCCCAUCCCUCCCCACUGAUCUCCCUCCUGGCACUUAUCCUUGUAAGCGGAACAAGUGCUACACAUGCCCUUACACUUCCUCCCUUACCACCAUUCAGGGCCCCAAACAGUCCUUCCAGGUGAGGCAACACUUCACCUGUGAGUCGGCUGGUGUGAUAUACUGCGUCCGGUGCUCCCAAUGUGGCCUUCUAUAUAUUGGCAAGACCCGAUGCAGACUGGGAGAUCGUUUUGCUGAACACCUACGCUCUAUCCAUCAGAGAAAGCACGAUCUCCCAGUGGCCACAUAUUUUAAUGCCACAUCCUAUUCCCAUUCUGAUAUGGCUAUCCACGGCCUCCUCUACUGUAAAGAUGAAGCCACACUCAGGUUGGAGGAACAACACCUUAGAUUCCGACUGGGUAGCCUCCAACCUGAUAGCAUGUACAGUGACUUCUCUAACUUGCGCUAAUGCCCCACCUCCCCCUCGUACCCCAUCCAUUAUUUAUUUAUAUACACACAUUCUUUCUCUCUCUCUCUCCUUUUUCUCCCUCUGUCCCUCUGACUAUACCCCUCGCCCAUCCUCUAGGGGUACCCCUCCACUUUCCUUCUCCCCGGACCUCCUGUCCCAUGAUCCUCUCAUAUCCCUUUUGCCAAUCAACUGUCCAGCUCUUGGCUCCAUCCCUCCCCCUCAUGUCUUCUCCUAUCAUUUUGGAUCUCCCCCUCCCCCUCCCACUUUCAACUCUCUUACUAUCUCUUCUUUCAGUUAGUCCUGACGAAGGGUCUCGGCCUGAAACGUCGACUGUACCUCUUCCAUUCACCAGCAACUUUGAUGUGUGUUGCUUGAAUUUCCAGCAUCUGCAGAAUUCCUCGUGUUUACUGUAUUUCAUUGACUACUUCUUUGACCGUUCCCCGAAACUAUCUAAAUCUCUCUGCUAGCACUUUGUUUCCUCAGCACUACCCGCUCCUCCACCUAUCUUUGUAUCAUCGGCAAAUUUAGCCACAAAACCAUUAAUCCAAUAGUCGAAGUCAUUGACAUACUUCGUAAAAAUCAGUGGUCUAAACACCGACCAUUGUGGAACUCCGGUGGUAACCGGCUGCCAGCCAGAAUAGGAUCCUUUUAUUCCCACUCUGUUUUCUGUUGAUCAGCCAGUGCUCCACCCAUGCUAGUAAAUUCCCUGUAAUUCCAUGGGAUUUAUCUUGCUAAGCAGCCUUGUGUAGCACCUUUCAAAGGCCCAAUGAAAAUCCAAGUAUACCACAUCUACUACAUCUCCUUUGUCUACCCAGCUUGUAAUUUCCUCAAAGAAUUGCAGUAGGUUAGUCAAACAGGAUUUUCCUUUCAGGAAACCAUGCUGGCUUUGGCCUAUCAUGUCAUGUGCCUCCCGGUACCCCGAUAUCCCAUCCAUAACAAUCGAUCCCAGCAACUUCCCACUGAACUCAGGCUUUCAGGCCUCUAGUUUCUUUUCUGCUGCCUCCCACCUUUCUUAAAUAGCGGAGUAACAUUUGUAAUUUUCCAGUCAUCAGGUACAAUGCCAGAAUCUAUUGAUUCUUGAAGAAUCACGAGUAAUGCCUACGCAAUCUCUUCAGCUACUUCCUUCAGAACCCGAAGGUGCAUUCCAUCAGGUCCAGGAGAUUUAUCCACCAUCAAACCAUUAAGUUUCCUGAGAACCUUCUCAGUUGUAACUUUCACUGCACGUACUUCACUUCCCUGACACUCUUGAAUAUUCAAUAUACUGCAGAUCUCUUCCAUCAUGAAGAAUGAUGCAAAAUACGCAUUCAGUUCCUCUGCCAUCUCUGUGUCUCCCAUUACAAUAUCUCCCGCAUCAUUUUCUAUUCAUCCUAUAUCUAUCCUCAACUUUCUUUUACCCUUUCUAUACUUAUGUAACUCUCGCUUCAUCUUGUAGCUUAAUAGACAAUAGGUGCAGGAGUAGGCCAUUCAGCCUUUCGAGCCAGCACCACCAUUCACCAUUCAUGAAUAUAGGGGAUGAUAGCCCCUGGCCCGUCCAAACUUGAGAAAUCUCAUUUGGCUGGAUGCUGUGUGAAGUGUUCCCUGUUACAAAUCAGUACAACGAAAUAACAAACAGUGCACAACGAAAUAACAAACAGUGCACAAUAUGCGAUUAAACGAUUGAGCUUUAUUACUCUUAAUUUGACGAUGUGUUUAGUGAAGAAAACAAAAAAGAGAAAGGGCCCAUUCUCAUGAAACAGUCUAUUGGGCAAUGUUGGAGCUCACUGAUAAGCCGUUUGUCCACCAUCAACCUCCUCCGAUCCUCGCUGACCUUUGGACUCUCGCUCCAAGUCCACUCCAUCCGAGGUCUACCAACUCUCUCCAUUCGCGUCUUCCCUCCUCAUCUCUCCCCAGCAAAAGACCCGUGAAUUCCCGGCUCCCAGACGCACAAGAAAGAACAACAUCCUGUUCAUUGGCUGGCAUGCCCUAUUAUCUCUAGUCUUAACCCAAACAUUGCUGCUACAGAGAAACCAUUAGCUCAGCAGUGGAACAUUACAGAGAAGCCAUUACAAUAGACAAUAGGUGCAGGAGUAGGCCAUUCGGCCCCUCGAGCCAGCACCACCAUUCACUGUGAUCACGGCUGAUCAUUCACAAUCAGUAUCCAAUUCCUGCCUUAUCCCCAUAACCUUUGAUUCCACUAUCUUUAAGAGCUCUAUCCAUCUCUUUUUUGAAAGCAUCGAGAGACUUGGCCUCCACAGCCUUCUGGGGCAGAGCAUUCCAUAUAUCCACCACUCUCUGGGUGAAAAAGUUUUCCCUCAACUCUGUUCUAAAUGGCCUACCCCUUAUUCUUAAACUGUGGCCUCUGGUUCUGGACUCACCCAUCAGUGAGAACAUGCUUCCUGCCUCCAGCGUGUCCAAUCCCUUAAUAAUCUUAUAUGUUUCAAUAGGAUCCCCUCUCAGCCUUCUAAAUUCCAGAGUAUACAAGCCCAGUCGCUCCAAUCUUUCAACAUAUAGCAGUCCCACCAUCCCGGGAAUUAACCUUGUGAAUCUACGCUGCACUCCCUCAAUAGCAAGAAUGUCCUUCCUCAAAUUUGGAGACCAAAACUGUACUCCAGGUGUGGUCUCACCAGGGCCCUGUACAGCUGCAGAAGGACCUCUUUGCUCUUAUACUCAAUUCCCCUUGUUAUGAAGGCCAGCAUGCCAUUAGCUUUCUUCACUGCCUGCUGUACUUGCAUGCUUGCUUUCAGUGACUGAUGUACAAGAACACCUAGAUCUCGUUGUGCUUCCCCUUUUCCUAACUUGACUCCAUUUAGAUAAUAAUCUGCCUUCCGGUUCUUACCGCCAAAGUGGAUAACCUCACAUUUAUCCACAUUAAACUGCAUCUGCCCACUCACCCAGCCUGUCCAAGUCACCCUGCAUUCUCAUAACAUCCUCCUCACAUUUCACACUGCCACCCAGCUUUGUAUCAUCGGCAAAUUUGCUAAUGUUACUUUUAAUUCCCUCAUCUAGAUCAUUUAUAUAUAUUGUAAACAGCUUCGGUCCCAGUACUGAACCCUGCGCUACCCCACUGGUCAUUCCAAAAGGGACCCGUUAAUCACUACUCUAAUUACAUUAGCAGUGAAACCUUAGAGCGUGUUAUACUUAGAAACAUAGAAGAGAGGUGCAGGAGUAGGCCAUUCGGCCCUUCGAGCCUGCACCGCCAUUUAUUAUGAUCAUGGCUGAUCAUCCAACUCAGAACCCUGCACCAGCCUUCCCUCCAUACCCCCUGAUCCCCGUAGCCACAAGGGCCAUAUCUAACUCCCUCUUAAAUAUAGCCAAUGAACUGGCCUCAACUGUUUCCUGUGGCAGAGAAUUCCACAGAUUCACCACUCUGUGUGAAGAAGUUUUUCCUAAUCUCAGUCCUAAAAGGCUUCCCCUUUAUCCUCAAACUGUGACCCCUCGUUCUGGACUUCCCCAACAUCGGGAACAAUCUUCCUGCAUCUAGCCUGUCCAAUCCCUUUAGGAUUUUAUACGUUUCAAUCAGAUCCCUCCUCAAUCUUCUAAAUUCCAACGAGUACAAGCCUAGUUCAUCCAGUCUUUCUUCAUAUGAAAGUCCUGCCAUCCCAGGAAUCAAUCUGGUGAACCUUCUUUGUACUUAAAAAAUGCUUUUCGUAUCUUCUUAUUAGUCACCAGCUUCCUUUCAUAAUUCAUCUUUUCCUUCCUAAUGACCUUCUUAUUUUCCGUCUGCAAGUUUCUAAAAGCUUCCCAAUCCUCUAUCUUCCCUCUAACUUUUGCUUCCUUGUCUUUUCCUUUUUCUUUUUCUUUGACUCUGACUUCACUUGUAAGGCAUGAUAGUGUCCUUCUUGUUAAGAAUAUAUCUGUCUUGCACUUCCCUAAUUUUUUUGCAGAAAUUCCAGCCAUUGCUGCUCUGCUGUCUUCCUGCUAGAGUCCUUUUCCAGUCAACUUGACCAGGUCCCCUCUCAUGUCAUUGUAAUUUCCUUUAUUUCACUGAAAUACCAAGUGUUGGAAUUUAGUUUCUUCUUCUCAAAUUUCAAAGUGAACUCGAUCAUAUUUUGAUCACUGUCCCCAAGCGUUCCUUAACCAUAAGCUCUCUUAUCAUCUCUGGAUCAUUGCACAACAUCCGAUCCGGCACAGCCGAUCCCCCAGUGGACUCAACAACAAACUGUUCUAAAAAGCCGUCCCUCAGACAUGUUGCAAAUUCUCUCUCUUGACGUUCAGUACUGACCUGGUUUUCCCAAUCCACUUUCAUGUUAAAAUCCCCAACGAUUAUCAUGACUUUGCCCUUCCGACAUGCCUUUUCUAUCUGCUGAUGUAAUUUGUAAUCCACAUCCCGGCUGCUGUUUGGAGGACUGGAUACAACUGCCAUUAGGGUCCUUUUACCCUUGCCAUUUCUUACCUCCAACCAUGGAGACUCUACACUUCCUGGUCCUAUGUCAUCGCUUAAAGAUGAUUUAAUAUUAUUUCUUAUACACAAGGCCACACCACCCCUCUGCCCUCUAAUCUAUCUUUCCGAUACACCAUAUAUCCUUCGAUGUUCAGCUCCCACUGGCAGCCAUACUUUAGCCAAGUUUCAGAGGUGGCCACAACAUCAUACUUACCAAUCUGUAGCUGAAUUUCAAGAUCAUCCAUUUUAAUUCUUACGCUGCGUGCAUUCAAAUAUAUCACUUUCAGUCCAGAGUUGAAUGAACAUCAGCGAGCAAACACUGGGGAGAAACUGUUAAACUGCUCAGACCGUGGGAAGGAAUUCACUCAGUCAUCGCAGCUGAAUGAAUAUCAGAGAGUUCACACUGAGGAGAAGCUGUUCAUCUGUUUGGACUGGGAAUGAAUUCACACUUUCAUCUCACCUACCUAUACACCGAACUGUUUUCAGCAGUGAAAGUAUGUAGGCCUGCUCAGACUGUGGGAAGUCAUUCACACACUUAUCCACGCUGCAGAGACAGUGGCGGGUUCACACUGUGGUGAGGGUGGUCACUAGCUCUGAAUAUGGGAUGGGUUUCAAUCAGUUAUUCAUCCUUGUCUCGCCUUAACGAGCUUUGACCCAUCGUUAACUUGAGAGAUCAGAAGCUUGAGAAAGACGUAAUUCACUCAGGUUCGCCAAUUGAGUAUUAAAGGCAAUGGUUUAGGGCAGGUUAUUUUUGAGCUUUCCGCAGUGGCCAAUCAGCAUUCAGGAUUGAUUAUGAAGAAGAUUGUAAAGUUGGGCAGGAGCAAGUGGAGCGGUCAUUGUUGGAGUGGACAGAGUCAGGGCGGAGAUUUUGAGGUUUCAGUGUGGAGAGCAUUCAGUCAGAGAAGACGAAAUCAUCAUGCGUCGAGAACUUUUUUUGUCCCUUCUUUACAUUUGCUCAGUUAGAACAGUAGAGAUGCCAGGCUGUGCUCUCAGGUCUGCCACCUGUGCCAAUUGCCAGGAAUCAGAAGAUUAUACAGUUUUAACACGUGGCUAAGGAGUUGGUGCAGGAGGGAGGGUAUAAAAUAUUUGGAUCAUUUGAGCUGGCGAGGAUUGCUGUGUGCAGAGGAGUGUGAGUGUGUUGGGGGAGAGGACAUUGUUGAUGGUGUGUGACUGGGCAGGCAGCUCUCUCUGUCUCUCACGCUCUCUCACACACACACACAAAUACAUGCACUGGAGUGUGAGGGUGGGAAGUGAGAAGGGAAAAGGGAAAUGAGGAGGAUGGUGUUAAGGGCUCCUUCACAAAGUCCAGGACUUACCCAGCCCUCCCCCUCUGGAAUUGUUCCCAUUCCCGACCCCAGGCUGGGGGUGAGCAUUGAGUUGCCUUGCCAACAAGAAAAUGAAUUGUUCGAUAGCAUCUGGUUAACACACUUUGAUAAUAAAUUUACUUUGAACUUGAACAUUGAAAUGUAUUGUUUGUAAAACGUACUGAUGAGAAAUGGUCUCAGUGAAGGUCCAAGAGUGGAAAAUGAACCAGUCUUCAGCCCCACUGCUCCGUGCCAGAGAAGAACCCCUAUUGGACUCUAUCCCAUCUGUCUGUGCUUGACACGUCUCCCUCUAAAGUUUCCUUUUUCUGUACCUGUCCCAGUGUCUUUUAUUUUCUUCUCAAACCCAUUCUCCUGCCUUCAUCCCAUAACCUUUGAUGCCUUUACUAAUCAA